AUGCGUUUACAACACUUUGUAUGGGCCGCCCUGGCAGCUCUAGUCCACGCCUCCCCAAUUCAAAAUGCAGACACAACACCUACCUUCAACAUCAGCGCGAACAGCACCAGAACCACCUUCCCUCUCCCUCUCCCCGUCCAUCUCCCCCAGAUCAAAACAACAAAUGAUCUACUCCACACAUCCACCAUCCCGUUCGGUGUCUCAAUCACCCACUGCACGGUCCCAGGUACAAUUGCCCUGACCUUCGACGAUGGCCCAUUCAUCUACACAUCCCAAAUGCUAGAUACGCUCGCAGUCCACGGUGCCCGCGCUACUUUUUUUCUGAACGGCCAGAAUAAGGGCAAUAUCUAUGCUUUUCCGGACUUAGUUCAGAGGAUUGUUGCCGAGGGGCAUCAGUUGGGGUCUCAUAGUUGGAACCACCUCCCACUGGAUACACUCCCCUACCCAGACAUAAUCCGCCAAAUGACAGCCCUGGAAGAAGCAUUCCAGCACAUCCUCGGCUUCAUCCCAACCUACAUGCGCGCUCCAUAUCUGUACAUGAACCCAGUCGUGCUGCAGGCCAUGACCGACCUCGAGUAUCAUGUCAUCGGCGCUAGCAUUGACACGAAGGAUUAUGAGAAUGAUGAUCCAGGCACGAGCUGGCGCAGUUUUGAGCGGUUCAAGGUUGGGCUUGAUGCCGGAGGGAAUGUUGUACUUGCGCAUGAUUCGCAUGAGAAUACUGUUGCUGUUCUUGUUGAUAAUCUUCUUGGGGAGGUUAAGAGCAGGGGGUUGAGUCCUGUUACCAUUGGCGAGUGCCUCGGGGAUCCGGCUGACUUGUGGUAUCGUUUGGGGAGGUAG